AUGAUUGAGCGACUUCCACAAGGCAAUCAACUCAAGACACUUGACCUCCGAGUGAUGAAUCCAACCCACUGCUGCCAUAGAGACUACCUCAAGUUUGAAGAUGGUGACUGGAUGGAGACAAUGAGUAGAGAGCUGUUUGGUCGCAGCACCAACAUCACAUCACUGGCCAUCUAUGAUGAGUGUGGAGGCGGUGACUCUGCCUACGCCAUGUAUGUCAUUGGCAAAGCGCACAAGUUCUUUGGUCACCUGGAUCAACUUAAUAGUCUGGAAUCACUCUCAUUUGACUUGUCACCGACGUGUGAUCAUGACUAUGUCGACCAGCUUCAUGAGGAUAAGGGUCAGGUGUUUCUUGAGUCCCUCACAAAGUUCAUGCAACAACAUCCGACACUGCACACGUUCAACUUUGCCAGAUGUUUGCCAAAACCAAGAGGUCAUCGCAUAUAUCGGUCACGAGGAGGCAAUCAUCGUGAACCUACCCCAGAGUAUCUACCGAUUCUGGAGUACUUGUUCACGGACGCCACGUGUCCUGUGAGGAACAUGUCACUGGAGAUCUCUUCAGAAUAUACUGUGCUUCCCAUGCUUAGUCGGACGAUUGACUCAAUCAUUUUGAACAGAAGUGACUCUUAUUACAGUAUGGGAAUGUCGUGGGAGGACGACAUCUCAAUGGUUAUCAAUCUCAAGACAAUGGUUACGAAUACUCUGGACCUCUCACAUUUUGAUAUGUUUCAAAUGUCAAACAAUGAUAGUAAGUCUCCAAAGAUCAUAAGGAAAACAAUCAACAAUGAGUUUCGAUUUGGAUUGUUCAUUGGCGAAGUCUACAAACCUCCAAAUAUAUGUUCCGCUUAUGUUAACAAUCCCGAUGGUGGAAUUAUCUGGAUCGAUAAACAAUGA